AUGUCUGUGCGCCUGGCUGGGGAGGACAUCCAGACGGAGGGUGAUAGUGGAAGUAGUGGACUGCUCAAUGAUGACUCUGUCAACGGAGGGAAGCUCUCCCCAUCCCCUGAGCCUUGCCAGGGGCAGGAGGGCACUGGGGCUGGGGGCACCGGAGAGGGCACGGAGGGCACUGGGACUGGGAGCACCGGAGAGGGCACGGAGGCAGAGGAGAGCGCCACACAGGACUCACAGGUAACUGACCUCCACGGGACUUUGGUUGCGUCCCAAUAAUCUCUCCUUUCACCCGAAUUGAGGACUUGUUCACUUCCCUUCAUGGAUUUUAAAUGGAAAUGACUGGUGUUUGGGACCUCCCUAGUCCACGCCAACACCAAUCCAAUGCUUUUACAUUGGUGGGGGGUAGUGAACGAGUACACACUUCAGGAGGAAGGAGAGAUUAUUGGGACGCACCCUUUUGCCUCCUCUGCACUGCACUUCUAGGGUUGCAAUUUCCAGAAAAGCUUUUUAAGGAAUAACCUACUACGCUACAGAAUAAAAUGUCUGUGAAUUUACAACAUAUUCAGACAUUUAUAUUGUAAUGACAAAGUAUAUAUAUUUUUCUGACGUGCUCAAAAUAAACAGUGAGACGUCUUUUUCAGCUCUGAACCUCCUCUCCCAUCUUGCAUUGCACAGUUGCUUACGGCCACGAUGCGCAUGCACUGCAAGCCUGUGAACGGAGUGUAGUGGGGAUGGGUUGGCAGAGUUGGAUGAUGUUAUGGUUGAGACAAAUUGCCCCUUUUAGUGAAUUACUGUCAUUGACACUAUAGUGUUGAGCGAUAAGUGCUUUGAGUUCGGUUUCGGUUCGAUUAUUACAAAAUCACGGUUUUCGAUUAUUAUUAUUUUUUAAAUGCAUUAUAUAUAUUUUAUAGCUUCCUUCAGCCAUCGCCUGCCUUUUUCCUGACACUGACAGUGGGUUGAAUGCUGUAACAACACAGAAUAAAACAAUAAAUAAGAGGUCAAUGAUGGCUGUGAAUGCCCAUUACGGCUCAUCACUUAUUAACCGUAAUGUAUUCACAUUACUUAAAUAACUUUGAUAAAAUAUUUCAGUUGUGUAUAUUACUUAUUUUUUAUUUGAUUACUUUUAUUAUUUUUCAUACCUUUUCAUACCUUCAAGCAGUAGUAGCCAGCCAGCCGGACAACCAUCUAAAGUUCUCUGUGCUCCCCAUUGAACGAGUCAUCCUAUUUAGCUAGGCUUCAAAGUAAAUAAGGCAUACUUUCAAGACUGCUUAUUACUAACUACUACAACUAUCAACCGGGUAGAGCUACCUCACCAACUGGCUAUAUCCCCCUCGUUGUUGUGUGGUCAUUCCUCUCUCAUGCGGUCUCAUAUGGUGUGUAUCCACCUCUGUCCGUGGCCCGGAAAGAAUGGGCGCAAUGGAUUAUGGUCAUUGUAGUUCAUUACCACGUUUCUGCGCUAAAACUAGGUUGAAUAGUUGCCUAAUGAAAACUACAACUUCCAAUCAGCCCACCGUCCCACAUAGUUCUUGACUUAUGCCGCGUUCAAAUACUUGUCGGAACUAGGAAACUCUAACAUUUCCGAUGUGCUAACUGGUUGUAGCUAUACAAGCAUUAAGCAAGUCAGAAAUGUCAGAGUUCCGACUAGCUUUGAUUUCUCCUUAGAGAAAUGGCACUUUGAGCUCACAAAAAAAAAACGAAAUGGGUUCGAGGAAUUUAAUCGACGUCGGUCAGCUAGUUUAAUAACCUAAACAAACGUUUUUCGCUUAGCACUAUACACAUUUUAUAAGCAAAUUGCAUGUUCUCUUCGUGCCUUGCUUGAAUAUUGAAUUUGAAGCAGGGUUAUCUAUCUAGCUAGAUUCACUGUAGUUAGCUGCUUCUAGUCCAAGCUACCUGCUUCGGCUGGUUGGCUAGCUAGCGACGUUGCUGUUACCAGUCAAGUGCUUCAAACUAGUUAGCUAGCAAGUUGGACUGCAUAACAACAUAUUACAUGACAUAUCGUCGUCGUUGGCCUGCAAGAGUAGCUAGCUUUGUUUCUGCUUGCUCAAUGCAGGCAGCUGACGAGUAGUGCUGGCUUGUGCCAGCUAGCGGCAUAGCCAGCCAUGGUUAGCUAGCCACAUGGUCCAGCCGAAGGUAGCUAGCAAGCUAGCAGGUAGCUAGCUAGUUUGUUGAAACUAUGAAAUAUAGCUAGCUAUGCUUCUAGCAUCGAACUAAUUACACAUGAUCUACAUCUUAACAGGUUUCAGUAGACAUUUCAUGUGUAGGCGGGUUGAAUGAGUGCAGCUGCUGCUGGCUACUGUAGCUACUAUAUUCAUCAUGAUUUCUAAUGACAUGACUCAGUUGUUACUUAGUCGUUAAAUCGGUUUGUUCAAGAUUUAGACGCCUGAAAGGAAGGUUAGAUAGCUACUAUCCAACCACAGUCUAGGCUGACAACAGCUGGACAGUGGCCCUGCCCAGAGGGUUUUGAGUAGAAAGGAUACAGAUUUUGUCAGCAGGUUGGGAGAAUUAGGGAAAGGUUAGGAAAAGGGUUAGCUCAAAUGCCAAAAUAAAUAGACUUUUGGCGUAAAUUUGACAAAAGCUGUAUUCUUUCUAGCCAUGACCUGCCCAGAGAGAGAUUUCAAGUUGUAAUGUCACAUGCACAAGUACAGUGAAAUGCCUUUCUUGCAAACUCAAAACCCAACAAUGCAAUAAUCAAUAACAAUGUAUUACUGGAAACCCCCUCACAAGAAAGAAGAAUAGUAAAUAUGAAAUACACAUUUAAUUAAGUAAGCAUACUAUAUACAGAAAUAUUUAAAGAGUCAGAUCCAAUACCAUAUUUACAUGUUCAGGGACACUGGAGUGAUUGAGGUAGAUAUGUAUAGGGGUAAGGUGACUAUAUACAGGGUCGGUUCAAUACCAUAUUUACAUGUGCAGGGAUACUGGAGUGAUGGAGGUAGAUAUGUAUAGGGGUAAGGGAGCUAGGCCACAGGAUAUAAGAUAAACAGAGUAGCAGCAGCUUGCAUGUGAGUGGGUGUGCGGGUGUGUAGAGUCAGUAUAAAUGUAUGUGCUACUCUGAGCAAAUGAUGGAGUGUGUGUUGGAGUGACAGUGUGUGUGAGUGUGUAGGGCCCUGUGAGUGUGCAUAGAGACACUGCAAAUAUUGAAAUAAAAGGUCAAUAAAGAUACAAGGUUAACUCAGAUAGUCCAUGUAGCUAUUUUGUUAGCUAUUUAUCAGUCUUAUUGCUUGGGGAUAGAAGCUGUUCAAGAGCCUGUUGGUGUCAGACUUGAUGCACCGGGUACCGGUUGCCGUGCGGAAGCAGAGAGAAUAGUCUAUGGCUUGGGUGGUUGGAGUCUUUGACGAUUCUCCGGGCCUUCUUUUCACACCGCCUGAUAUAGAUGUCCUGGAUGGCAGGGAGCUCGGCCCCAGUGAUGUACUGGGCUGUCCGCACCACCCUCUGUAGCGUCAUGCGAUCGAGGGUGGUGCUAUUGCCAUACCAAGCAUCGAUGCAGGCCAGUCAAUAUGCUCUCAGUGGUACAGCUGUAUAACCUUUUCAGGAUUAGAGGGCCCAUGCCAAACCUUUUCAAUCUCCUGUGGGGGAAGAGGCCCUGUCGCGCCUGUUUCACGACUGUGCAUUGCAUUGUGGGUUUGUAGUCAACUACAGUAUAGGAAGUGGAAUAGUCUCUGUUUCCACAGCACCCACAGUUUCUCCCUAUAUUAACAACGAAAUGAAACAUUUGUUCACUAAAAUAUGGUUUUCCACAUAUUUAUUUAAAAUGGUAAAUUGUAAAUAGUUUUGAGUGUAGCUAGUAUUCCUAGUAUUACCAAAUGUUCUCCCCUUGCAGAGGCGUGUUCAGAACCACGGCCAUGGGAGGAAAAGGGCCAGGGUAAGGAUGGUAUUAUCCUGUCUGUUGUGUUGAUGUUGUUGUGUAAGUUUCCAUAUCAUGAUCCUAAUCCUGGGAUUAAAGUCCACCCGUUAGAUAAAGGGUCAUACUGGCAGUACUAGACCCAGAGUUCGCUAAUCCUAGUGAGUAGGUUAGAUAGACCAGGAAAAGUCUCAGAGGUGAGGCCUGCUCACACACAACCUAUUACCUAGUGGAUUUAUGGAAGUCAGCUUUCGUGGUAAUGGGACAAUGCGUGUUCUCUUCCCUCACAUCAUUUUUUGGGGUUCACACACACGCGCACGCACGCACACACACACACCACCCUCUCUGUGCAUCUGGGUUAGGUCUUUGCAGCAAACCCCGUCUCCCUCUCUGUCUGUUUGUGAUGACCUCAUUUCUAGUGUAGGCUACAUCUACUCUUACACUAGAUAGGGACAAUGCCAAGUGGGUUAGUCCCCUCCACCAAGUGGGUUAGUCCCCUCCACCAAGUGAAAUUCCCCUCCACCAAGUGAAAUUCAUUAUGAAGUCUACACAUGUUGAAUUUUUAAAAAAUGUUUACUUUAACUUAUCUCAAACCAAUUAACUUGUAGCCUCUUUCCACCAUGACCUCAUGUAUUGUAAAAUGGUGCUCGUAUUUGACCAGCUAUUUCUUAGAAGUAGGACCAGAGUUAUAUAGCCUAGGUUCUUCAAUGUGGUGUGUGUGUGUCUGGGUUUAAAUAUUCUAGGUUUUUACUUAGUUGCUUGCUUCGAUGUGGUGUGUGUCUCUGUGUGUGUCUCUGUGUGUUUCAGUCUAAUGCCAAGCUAAAGCUCUUCAUAUGCAUGAUGCAUGCAGAUUGUAUUUUCUCACGUCAGUUAACUUUUAAGCUUCUUUACUCUAUUUUUAACGUUUGUUGUCAAAUAUUGAUAGUGUGCAAUGAGUUUGAUCUGUUAUCGAUUGACCGAAGAGCUAUAAGUUACUCCACUGUGUUUGUGUGUGUGUCUGUGUCUCACUAACCUAUGUGUGUAGUCCGCUGCUUCACUGUGGUGUGUGUGUGUGUGUGUGUGUGUGUUUCAGUCCAAUGCCAAACUGAAGCUGGUGAGGAGCCUGGCGGUGUGUGAGGAGUCAUCGGGUCCGUUCUGUACCGACGGACCUCCAGACAUUAUCCAGCUCCACGUCAGCUGUCCCUCCGACAAGGAGGAGGAGAAGUCGUCCAAGGAUCAGCGUGAGAAUGAGAACAAGCGUAAGAUGCUGUCACGAGGUAAGAUGUCUCUGGGGAAAAAAUGCUAAAGAGGAUUCAUUAGAGUAGCAGAGAGGGGCAGACGCAGCUGAAAACGGACAGAUGUCUGCAUCAUGGUGUGUGUCAGUAACAGUUGAAAACGAUCCUCCUUUCAUAUUUGUUCAGAAACAACACAGCCUUUCUGCUGCUGACGAAAAAAGUUGAAAUGAAAACUAUCCUUCACAAGUGUGUGUUCAGAUACAACACACACCCUCUCUGACCCCUAUGACCGACGCUGUGUGUGUGUGUGUGUGGAUGCUCCUGAGUGCAUGCCUGUGUUUUGCAGAUUGUGUGUGUGGUGUCAUUUUUGGAGCUAUGUUAAGCAUCCUGUCUUCUGUCUCUGCUUUCCGCCAGACUCUAGCCAGGAGUACACAGACUCCACCGGCAUCGACGUGCACGACUUCCUGGUCAACACACUGAAAAACAAUCCUAGGUAAUACACACACUGAAAAACAACCCCAGGUAAUACACACACACUGAAAAACAACCCCAGGUAAUAUACACACACUGAAAAACAACCCCAGGUAAUAUACAUAUAUGUGGUCCUCUGUAGGGAGAGAUAUGUGGUCCUCUGUAGCUCCUCUGUAGCUCAGCUGGUAGAGCACGGCGCUUGUAACGCCAAGGUAGUGGGUUCGAUCCCCGGGACCACCCAUACACAAAAAAAUGUAUGCACGCGUGACUGUGAGUCGCUUUGGAUAAAAGCGUCUGCUAAAUGGCAUAUUAUUAUUAUAUUAUUAUACACACACUGAAAAACAACCCCAGGUAAUAUACACACACUGAAAAACAACCCCAGGUAAUACACACACACUGAAAAACAACCCCAGGUAUGGCAGUGGAGCCUUAUCGAUAUCCUAUCACAGCAACAGCACUCAACGGCAUCUAGAUGUAGUCUGGCCAUCUGAGCCUGUGGGUCCCUCCAGUAAUGGAAAUGGAUUGAGAAACUCUAAGGGCAGAAUCUUAACUUUAGAUGCGCAUCGGGAUUCAUCUUUUUGUACACAUUUCUCAUUUAGCUACAUCAAUGCAUGAUUGACAUGGUAGUCCAUGCUAAGCACAAAUAUUUCAAGUUAGGAUUGGGCUCUAAGCUAAUUUAACUAGCUACCCUAACCCUGUGGUGGUCUGGACUGUGUACAUUAGCUGCCAAUCCUCUCUGUGAGGACGGAUUGGGAAAGUAUUCACUGGUGAAUGGAGCCUAUGAUCUUUAGUAUGAGCAGUUGGCACUCCGAUUGCACUCUGUCCUCACACAGUCUCUCUCUCAUCCCCCCCCCCCCCCCCCCCCCCCCCCCCCCCUCCUCUCUAUCACUAUCUCUCUCUCUCCCCCCCUCCUCUCUCUAUUUCUCUCCCUCCUCUCUCUCUCCCCCUCCUCUCUCUAUUUCUCUCCCUCCUCUCUCUUUCUCUCCCUCCUCUCUCUAUUUCUCUGUCUCCAACAGGGAUCGAAUGAUGCUGCUGAAACUAGAACAAGAUAUCCUGGAGUUCAUUAAUGACGAUAAGUGAGUGAGAAAUUGCACCCUAUUCCCUAUAUAGUGCACUACUUUUGAUCAGGCUCUAGUCAAAAGUAGUGCCCUAUAUAGGGAAUAGGGUGCCAUUUGGGACGUAUCCACAUUCUGUACUGCUACUUUACUCCGGUAUAUCAUUUAUAUAAUUGUAACUUUCUAUGUCCUUCACAGUAUAUUUAUAGAUAGCCGAUUGUAAUGGGAUAAAUAUGGGGAUUGUACUGUAGUUGGUAUAUCAGUAUGGUAUAUUUGGCUGCCUGGGACUCUGUCCACCUGUCGAUGGGAUGGUAUCAUUACUCUCAUCUGAAGUUUAUUUUGUUGUAUUUCAAAUGUAAAUCAGUCCCGUCUCUUAACAGUUUCAUCUUGUUUUAGAAAAGGGUAAUAGUCCACAUCUAAGAAAGAUGUGCAGAGACACUGUACUACCACUCAAGUAUCAUCACUAGACUGACACAUUGGUUAAUCUCCAUGUUCUCCCCUCCAGGAACCAGUACAUGUUGUUUAGUCUCCAUGUUUUACCAUCCAGUAACCAGUACAUGUUGUUUAAUCUCCAUGUUCUUCCCUCCAGUAACCAGUACAUGAUGGUUAAUCUCCACCUUCUCCCCUCCAGUAACCAGUACAUGAUUGUUAAUCUCCACAUUCUCCCCUCCAGUAACCAGUACAUGUUGUUUAGUCUCCAUGUUCUCCCCUCCAGUAACCAGUACAUGUUGUUUAGUCUCCAUGUUCUCCCCCCCAGUAACCAGUACAUGAUGGUUAAUCUCCACGUUCUCCCCUCCAGUAACCAGUACAUGUUGUUUAGUCUCCAUGUUCUCCCCCCCAGUAACCAGUACAUGUUGUUUAGUCUCCACGUUCUCCCCUCCAGUAACCAGUACAUGUUGUUUAGUCUCCAUGUUCUCCCCUCCAGUAACCAGUACAUGAUGGUUAAUCUCCACGUUCUCCCCUCCAGUAACCAGUACAAGUUGUUUAGUCUCCAUGUUCUCCCCUCCAGUAACCAGUACAUGUUGUUUAGUCUCCACAUUCUCCCCUCCAGUAACCAGUACAUGUUGUUUAGUCUCCAUGUUCUCCCCUCCAGUAACCAGUACAUGUUGUUUAGUCUCCAUGUUCUCCCCUCCAGUAACCAGUACAUGAUGGUUAAUCUCCACGUUCUCCCCUCCAGUAACCAGUACAAGAAGUUUCCCCAGAUGACGUCGUACCACCGCAUGCUGCUUCACCGUGUAGCAGCCUACUUUGGAAUGGACCACAACGUAGACCAGACUGGCAAGGCAGUCAUCAUCAACAAGACUGGCAACACACGCAUGUGAGUGGGAGACUGGUAUAACUUAGAAGGCAAUGAAACACGUUUUCAACAGUAGAACUUCCAUUGCCCUACCUAGUGUUGCACGGUACACCGGUACCACAGUAAUAUCAUGGUACCAAAACGUCAUGAUACUUAUGAUACCGACAAAUUAGAAUACCGUAGCACCGUUUCAUAUGAUACUACCAAAUUGUUCAGGCCUAUCGAUCCAAAGAGCCUAAUGUAAGCCUAAACUAUACCAAACAUCUAUUUCUGCUGCUCCUUACAUUGUCUUUGGUGCUUAACGUUUUAAAAGUUGGGAGCAGUGUGUGUGUGUGUGUGUGUGUGUGUGGUAGGCCUUUGCAAAUAUGAGCAAAUCAGCCAUUCUAUGCAGUAUUCUAUUAUACACUGAACCGUGUGAAGUUAAAUUCAAUGUGUUGUAUUGAGUAGAAGUGUGAAUUUCAGUAACAGGUUUUUGCGUAGCACAUGCGCAGAACAUUUUAGAAAACGGGAACAAGCAUCCAGGGGAUGGGGCGAACAGGACGCUAGGCAACACAUUCCCAAACCCCCCCCCGGUAUCGCGAUACUACUUGGUAUCGUGAUACUUGGCCUGGUAUCGUAUCGUUAGUAAAAUGUUGGUAUCGUGACAACACUAGUCCUACCAAGAGUUUCUGAAUUGGUUUCGUCUUCAGCCCAGAGCAAAAGUUCUCAGAGCACAUCAAGGAUGAGAGGAACAUGGACUUCCAGAAGAAGUUUAUCCUCAAGAGAGACGACGCCAGUAUGGACAAGGACGAUAAUCAGGUGAUUAGUCACUUUCUUUUAUUCUUCACUGUUGCUUUUUAUUACUUAAAUACUUAACAGUUAAUAUAAGUUAAUUACACUUAAGUGUAAUAAUUAAAUACUUAACAGUUCUGAUUAGCACAGAUUCUUCAUACAUGUUAUCUAUAGCUGUCUUUAGCGUUGUAGGUCUUUGUAGAACACGAGGAUACGAUUAUAUGAGAAGGCUGAAUAUAAUUUAUCCUGUUGACUAUUAUCUGAGUAUUAAUAACGGGCCAUUGUUGUAUAAAUCUCUCGCGCAAUAUUUUAAUUUACACGUCUUCUUCGUGAGAAGAUGCUCUGAAUAGUAUUCGGUGAAUACCACUUCUGUCCAAUGAUGUUGCUGAUCGUUAUCCCUUCUUCCUCUUGUCCAAUCGCAGAUCCGCGUGCCGCUGUCGGACGGACGGCGCAGCAAAUCAAUAGAGGAGAGGGAGGAGGAGUAUCAGAGAGUACGAGACCGGAUCUUUGCCCGAGAAGUAAGUGGUGGAGGAUAGGAGUUGCCCUUAGGCACAGAUCUAGGAUCAGUUUACCCUCACCAAAUCCUAACAUUAAGCGUUGUGGGUGUAACAUACACAACUGACCUAAGUUCAGUGUCUAAGGGCAACUCCGGUCAGGCUCAACAGUGAGGACGGGGAUGUACAGUUGUACUUAACUUGUCUUCCACUGUCUGUUCUACUAACCAUUCCUCCUCCUGUCUGUUCUGCUAACCAUUCCUCUUCCUGUCUGUUCUGCUAACCAUUCCUCCUCCUGUCUGUUCUACUAACCAUUCCUCCUCCUGUCUGUUCUGCUAACCAUUCCUCCCACUGUUUUAACCAAAAGUUAAUUUUAAUAACAUAAUGGUGGAAUAGCAUAAGAAGGCAGAGGUAAUAAAGUGAAGUCCAUAUUCUUGGAGGUCAUGAGUGAACUUUGGUUAACUUUGGCUAAUACAGUACUUGACAAAAUAUGACACGAGUCAGUGUUCACUGUCCAGGCAGUUAUCGUAAAUGAGAAUAUGUUCUCAAUAAUCUACUUGGUCAAAUGAAAGCUAUUAAAUAAAUGUAGGAUCGACAAGCUACAGCUGCUAAUUUCCAGGUGUCUUUUCCUUUUCAGGCCUCUCAAAAUGGAUACAUCAACGACAACAGGUGAGCUCAAGUAGCACACGCUAACAGUACGCGUCACAGUCGAGAGCUUCACGUGUGACCUUGUAAAGGGGACCAUAGAGUACGGAGUUAGUCCCCAGCCAGUGUAGUCCCUUAGGUGGGUAGGAGAGGCAGUCGGGGCGGCCUGGUCACAGCAAGGCCCCCUAACCCUGUUCCAAACCCUCUGGCACCAUCAAAUUAGGCCACUGAGUUAUAUUGAGGUGUUUUUCAAGAGAUCUAAUAAUGGCAAUAUAAUAAUUCUGGCAAUAUAUCAUACGUUUCAAGCACCAGGGUUAGGGUUUGCGGAGUUUGAAUGUGGGGUGAACUGAGAAUAGUUUUCCACAUGUAGUCCAAAGCACAACAAAAGUACAUCUUUCAACCGCCCUCCCUUUCUGAUAGAGAUGAACGGUUAUUAAACAGAUGUGUUGAGAUGCUAAAAGAAGUAGAGGAACCUUUGUUCCUUGUUUUAUACUGCGUGUGCAUGAUCUUUUCUGGGCUGGGGGUUGGAUACAGUGCAACACUGUUACAGCUGGUCCCAAAUCGCUCCCUGUCCCCCCUCAGUGUUGGCGUGUCUGAAGGUCUGGACAGGUUUAAGCUGUGUAGUGGUAAAGCUUUCACCAUAUUGCUUCCAUCUUCCAGAUCUGCAAACAUUGAAGGGUAAGGGCCAAGGGGAGGGGUAGGGAAUGAAUUGGGAAUGUCUGAUCCAAAACCUACCUGGCCCCCUCUCCUAUACCCACCCAGUAACCCCCGGCCUCCCUUCUCUCCCUCCACUGUCCCCCAACAGACUUUCCCCUGAAGGCUACUCCUCUAGCUCUCAAAAGAGGAGGCAGAUCUUUAGGUACUGACCACAUCCGGGUGACGUGUGACUCUAGCAGUCUGUGAUUGUGUUGCCAUGUCCUUCUACCCUCUAUCUAGUGGUGAUUUGAUAUGACUGACUGACUGGCUGUGUCUGAAAUGGCACCUUGUGCCCUACGUAGUGCAUUUAGGGGAUUGGGUGCCAUUUCAGACGUAGCCAGUGAAUGUGGGUGUUCUUGCUUGGCGUGGGUUCUGUGGGUUGGCUCAGUGGCACUGUGAGGUCCAACACUUAUUGCAUGGCUGCUUUGUGGUUCUUCUGGGACUGGUUACAACUUAUUAUCCGCCGUCUUCAUCUCUGUUUCUGUUGAUUUGGUGGUUGUUGAUCUGGUUUUGUAACCCCGUCUUCAUCUCUGUUUCUGUUGAUUUUGGUGGUUGUUGAUCUGGUUUUGUAACCCCGUCUUCAUCUCUGUUUCUGUUGAUUUUGGUGGUUGUUGAUCUGGUUUUGUAACCCCGUCUUCAUCUCUGUUUCUGUUGAUUUGGUGGUUGUUGAUCUGGUUUUGUAACCCCGUCUUCAUCUCUGUUGAUUUUGGUGGUUGUUGAUCUGGUUUUGUAACCCCGUCUUCAUCUCUGUUUCUGUUGAUUUGGUGGUUGUUGAUCUGGUUUUGUAACCCCGUCUUCAUCUCUGUUUCUGUUGAUUUGGUGGUUGUUGAUCUGGUUUUGUAACCCCGUCUUCAUCUCUGUUUCUGUUGAUUUGGUGGUUGUUGAUCUGGUUUUGUAACCCCGUCUUCAUCUCUGUUUCUGUUGAUUUGGUGGUUGUUGAUCUGGUUUUGUAACCCCGUCUUCAUCUCUGUUUCUGUUGAUUUGGUGGUUGUUGAUCUGGUUUUGUAACCCCGUCUUCAUCUCUGUUUCUGUUGAUUUGGUGGUUGUUGAUCUGGUUUUGUAACCCAGUCUUCAUCUCUGUUUCUGUUGAUUUGGUGGUUGUUGAUCUGGUUUUGUAACCCCGUCUUCAUCUCUGUUUCUGUUGAUUUGGUGGUUGUUGAUCUGGUUUUGUAACUCCGUCUUCAUCUCUGUUUCUGUUGAUUUGGUGGUUGUUGAUCUGGUUUUGUAACCCCGUCUUCAUCUCUGUUUCUGUUGAUUUGGUGGUUGUUGAUCUGGUUUUGUAACCCCGUCUUCAUCUCUGUUUCUGUUGAUUUGGUGGUUGUUGAUCUGGUUUUGUAACCCCGUCUUCAUCUCUGUUUCUGUUGAUUUGGUGGUUGUUGAUCUGGUUUUGUAACCCCGUCUUCAUCUCUGUUUCUGUUGAUUUGGUGGUUGUUGAUCUGGUUUUGUAACCCCGUCUUCAUCUUUGCUCUACUACUUGUACAGUAGCUGUGUCUCUAUUACUACUGUCUGUGGUAUCCUGAGGAUAGAUCUACUACUACUGUCUUGGAUCCUGAAGAUAGAUCUACUACCCCUGUCUGUGGUAUCCUGAAGAUAUAUCUACUACUACUGUCUGUGAUAUCCGGAGGAUAGAUCUACUACUACUGUCUGGUAUCCUGAAGAUAGAUCUAUUACUACUGUCUGUGGUAUCCUGAAGAUAGAUCUACUACCCCUGUCUGUGGUAUCCUGAAGAUAGAUCUAUUACUACUGUCUGUGAUAUCCUGAGGAUAGAUCUACUACUACUGUCUGGUAUCCUGAAGAUAGAUCUAUUACUACUGUCUGUGGUAUCCUGAAGAUAGAUCUACUACCCCUGUCUGUGGUAUCCUGAAGAUAGAUCUAUUACUACUGUCUGUGGUAUCCUGAAGAUCGAUCUAUUACUACUGUCUGUGGUAUCCUGAAGAUAGAUAUACUACUCCUGUCUGUGGUAUCCUGAAGAUAGAUCUACUACUACUGUCUGUGGUAUCCUGAAGAUAGAUCUACUACUACUGUAUGGUAUCCUGAAGAUAGAUCUACUACUACUGUCUGUCCUAAAGAGAUUUGCAGUAAUACUGCCAUCAGAUCUCUCUCUCUCUGUGUUGGUUGUGAUCAGUGAUUCUGUUUGUACUGCAGCAGUGAAACAUACAAACUGAAAUGUCUUUAGCCGACUGACCUCAUUAAUGUUGAAAAGAGGGAUUUGGGGUAGGUUUUCAGAGUUCCAAUAGUUCAAUAGGCCAGCGUUUGAAUUGCAUAAUUAUGUAUCACUAAAGUGAGAGAACUGUCCCUUUUGCCUUGCAUAUUUUUUUUCAAUGUUGACUAAGUGCAUAUCCUACAUCGUGUUUGGAGAUUAUGAUUCAUAGAGAAUUCAGUAUUCAAGCUACACUCCUCUGACAAUGUUUACAAUGUCAUAUAUACAGUAGAAACAUAUAGCUAUUAUUUACAUCAUUAUUUAUUGCGCAUUAUUGUAUUUUGUGGGGGGAAAUGCUAAUGAAAUCUAAAGCGCAACAUUUUGGGGGGAAAAUAACUGUGACAGAACAGCUCCCCCUGUGUUGGAUGGAGAGAGUGUUUGGAACAGGAGAGAAAGAAUGUUGUGAUGUAAAUGCAGGAUCCCUCCUGUCUGUCUCUCUCUCUUUCUCUCUCAUCUUCGUCUGCACAGUGUGAGCGAGCUACCACCCUGCCUUUCUUUCCUUAAAAUAGGCGGUGGAAGCUGGGAGACAGGGAGGCGGGAGAGAUGAAUAGGAGGAAGGCAGGGAGAGGUGGGGAGAGAGGGACGGGGAGAGGUGGGGAGAGAGGGGCGGGAAGGGGGGGAGAGAUAGGGACGGGGAGAGGUGGGGAGAGAGGACGGGGAGAGGGUGGGGGGGAGAGGGCGUGGAGAGGUGGGGGGGGGAAAGGGACGGGAGAGGUGGGGGGGGAAAGGGACGGGGGGGAAGAGGGGGAGGGAAGGGGAGAGGGGGGGGAGAGAGGGGAGGGGAGAGGGGGGGAGAGGGGGGGAGAGUGGGGAGAAGUGACGGGGAGAGGGGGGGGAGAGAGGGGUGGGGAGAGGUGGGGGAGAGAGGGGGGGGGAGAGAGGGAGGGGAGAGGGGGGGGGAGAGAGGGAGGGGAGAGGUGGAGAGAGAGGGACGGGGAGAGGUGGGGGGAGAGAGGGAGGGGAGAGGGGGGGGAGAGAGGGACGGGGAGAGGUGGGGAGAGAGGGACGGGGAGAGGUGGGGGGAGAGAGGGACGGGGAGAGGUGGGGGGGAGGAGAGAGGGACGGGGAGAGGUGGGGAGAGAGAGGGACGGGGAGAGUGGGGGGGAGAGAGGGAGGGGAGAGGUGGGGGGAGAGAGGGACGGGGAGAGGUGUGGGAGGAGAGGGACGGGGGAGAGGUUGGGAGAGAGGGACGGGGAGAGGGUGGGGAGAGAGGGACGGGGAGAGGUGGGGGGAGAGAGGGACGGGGAGAGGUGGGGGGAAAGGGACGGGGAGAGGUGGGGAGAGGGACGGGAAGCAAGGAGAGGAAAAAAGGAGAGACUGAGAGAGAGAGGCAGGGAGAACGCUUAAAAUAGCUCAUCCAUUAAUUACUGUUUCUCUGAAAUAUUUAUGAACCACUGCCACCUUCAAACACAUUUACACCACCAAUCAUUUCUACCUUUUGCCUCCUUAUAUCUGAUAUUAUAAGGAGAUUCCCUGGCCUGUUUUGGUUCUUUUUCAAUCUUCUGUCCUAGGCUACCUCAGUAAUUUAUCUGAAUAUCUAAAACAGACGAGUUUAGCUGACUUGGCCAUUUUGGGUGCCUGUGUUGUCUUUCAGUGGUGUAGUUCGUUAUUGGGGCAUGGUUAUUCCCAUCAAAUGGGGAACCAGAGUAUUCUACAGUCGGAGCACCCCACUGUAAUUCACUUGAGUUGUAUUUUCCCUUGUUAGUCAGAAAUCCAAGCAUUUGUUGUCAUCAUUUUAGGUGAUAAAUCUGAAUAUUCUAACACUCUGUCACCACAUUACCCUGCCAAACCUGCAUUUGUCACACUUUUUGUUCAGUGCAAUGCAAUAUCAUCCAUAUUUGAUGAUAAAUUAAAAAUAAAUACAAAUAAGCCUUAGGAUGUAAGCGUUGUGACAGUGAGCGAUCAUGGUGUAGUGUUGUAGGUCAUGACAAGUUGAUAGCCUCCUACUCAUUGCUAGAGACGUUCUAAUAAUGGUGAUAUGAAUCUUCAUGGCAGCGGCUUUUACUCAGCCUUCUGCUACUGUCACCCAAUGGGAAGAAAGCUGUGUGUAACUCCAUAGUUACGGUAUGAGGGGGAUAUGUGUAGAAAGCUGUGUGUAACUCCAUAGUUACGGUAUGAGGGGGAUAUGUGUAGAAAGCUGUGUAACUCCAUAGUUACGGUAUGAGGGGGAUAUGUGUAGAAAGCUGUGUGUAACUCCAUAGUUACGGUAUGAGGGAGAUAUGUGUAGAAAGCUAUGUGUAACUCCAUAGUUACGGUAUGAGGGGGAUAUGUGUAGAAAGCUGUGUGUAACUCCAUAGUUACGGUAUGAGGGGGAUAUGUGUAGAAAGCUGUGUAACUCCAUAGUUACGGUAUGAGGGGGAUAUGUGUAGAAAGCUGUGUGUAACUCCAUAGUUACGGUAUGAGGGGGAUAUGUGUAGAAAAACUGUGUAACUCCAUAGUUACGGUAUGAGGGGGAUAUGUGUAGAAAGCUGUGUGUAACUCCAUAGUUACGGUAUGAGGGGGAUAUGUGUAGAAAGCUGUGUAACUCCAUAGUUACGGUAUGAGGGGGAUAUGUGUAGAAAGCUGUGUAACUCCAUAGUUACGGUAUGAGGGGGAUAUGUGUAGAAAGCUGUGUGUAACUCCAUAGUUACGGUAUGAGGGGGAUAUGUGUAGAAAGCUGUGUAACUCCAUAGUUACGGUAUGAGGGGGAUAUGUGUAGAAAGCUGUGUGUAACUCCAUAGUUACGGUAUGAGGGGGAUAUGUGUAGAAAGCUGUGUGUAACUCCAUAGUUACGGUAUGAGGGGGGAUAUGUGUAGAAAGCUGUGUGUAACUCCAUAGUUACGGUAUGAGGGGGAUAUGUGUAGAAAGCUGUGUAACUCCAUAGUUACGGUAUGAGGGGGAUAUGUGUAGAAAGCUGUGUGUAACUCCAUAGUUACGAUAUGAGGGGGAUAUGUGUAGAAAGCUGUGUAACUCCAUAGUUACGGUAUGAGGGGGAUAUGUGUAGAAAGCUGUGUAACUCCAUAGUUACGGUAUGAGGGGGAUAUGUGUAGAAAGCUGUGUAACUCCAUAGUUACGGUAUGAGGGGGAUAUGUGUAGAAAGCUGUGUAACUCCAUAGUUACGGUAUGAGGGGGAUAUGUGUAGAAAGCUGUGUAACUCCAUAGUUGCGGUAUGAGGGGGAUAUGUGUAGAAAGCUGUGUGUAACUCCAUAGUUACGGUAUGAGGGGGAUAUGUGUAGAAAGCUGUGUAACUCCAUAGUUACGGUAUGAGGGGGAUAUGUGUAGAAAGCUGUGUAACUCCAUAGUUACGGUAUGAGGCGGAUAUGUGUAGAAAGCUGUGUGUAACUCCAUAGUUACGGUAUGAGGGGGAUAUGUGUAGAAAGCUGUGUAACUCCAUAGUUACGGUAUGAGGGGGGAUAUGUGUAGAAAGCUGUGUAACUCCAUAGUUACGGUAUGAGGGGGAUAUGUGUAGAAAGCUGUGUAACUCCAUAGUUACGGUAUGAGGGGGAUAUGUGUAGAAAGCUGUGUGUAACUCCAUAGUUACGGUAUGAGGGGGAUAUGUGUAGAAAGCUGUGUAACUCCAUAGUUACGGUAUGAGGGGGAUAUGUGUAGAAAGCUGUGUAACUCCAUAGUUACGGUAUGAGGGGGGAUAUGUGUAGAAAGCUGUGUGUAACUCCAUAGUUACGGUAUGAGGGGGAUAUGUGUAGAAAGCUGUGUGUAACUCCAUAGUUACGGUAUGAGGGGGAUAUGUGUAGAAAGCUGUGUGUAACUCCAUAGUUACGGUAUGAGGGGGAUAUGUGUAGAAAGCUGUGUAACUCCAUAGUUACGGUAUGAGGGGGAUAUGUGUAGAAAGCUGUGUGUAACUCCAUAGUUACGAUAUGAGGGGGAUAUGUGUAGAAAGCUGUGUAACUCCAUAGUUACGGUAUGAGGGGGAUAUGUGUAGAAAGCUGUGUAACUCCAUAGUUACGGUAUGAGGGGGAUAUGUGUAGAAAGCUGUGUAACUCCAUAGUUACGGUAUGAGGGGGAUAUGUGUAGAAAGCUGUGUAACUCCAUAGUUACGGUAUGAGGGGGAUAUGUGUAGAAAGCUGUGUAACUCCAUAGUUGCGGUAUGAGGGGGAUAUGUGUAGAAAGCUGUGUGUAACUCCAUAGUUACGGUAUGAGGGGGAUAUGUGUAGAAAGCUGUGUAACUCCAUAGUUACGGUAUGAGGGGGAUAUGUGUAGAAAGCUGUGUAACUCCAUAGUUACGGUAUGAGGCGGAUAUGUGUAGAAAGCUGUGUGUAACUCCAUAGUUACGGUAUGAGGGGGAUAUGUGUAGAAAGCUGUGUAACUCCAUAGUUACGGUAUGAGGGGGAUAUGUGUAGAAAGCUGUGUAACUCCAUAGUUACGGUAUGAGGGGGAUAUGUGUAGAAAGCUGUGUAACUCCAUAGUUACGGUAUGAGGGGGAUAUGUGUAGAAAGCUGUGUGUAACUCCAUAGUUACGGUAUGAGGGGGAUAUGUGUAGAAAGCUGUGUAACUCCAUAGUUACGGUAUGAGGGGGAUAUGUGUAGAAAGCUGUGUAACUCCAUAGUUGCGGUAUGAGGGGGAUAUGUGUAGGAAGCUGUUUGUAACUCCAUAGUUACGGUAUGAGGGGGAUAUGUGUAGAAAGCUGUGUGUAACUCCAUAGUUACGGUAUGAGGGGGAUAUGUGUAGAAAGCUGUGUAACUCCAUAGUUGCGGUAUGAGGGGGAUAUGUGUAGAAAGCUGUGUAACUCCAUAGUUACGGUAUGAGGGGGAUAUGUGUAGAAAGCUGUGUAACUCCAUAGUUGCGGUAUGAGGGGGAUAUGUGUAGAAAGCUGUGUAACUCCAUAGUUACGGUAUGAGGGGGGAUAUGUGUAGAAAGCUGUGUAACUCCAUAGUUACGGUAUGAGGGGGAUAUGUGUAGAAAGCUGUGUAACUCCAUAGUUACGGUAUGAGGGGGAUAUGUGUAGAAAGCUGUGUGUAACUCCAUAGUUGCGGUAUGAGGGGGAUAUGUGUAGAAAGCUGUGUAACUCCAUAGUUACGGUAUGAGGGGGAUAUGUGUAGAAAGCUGUGUAACUCCAUAGUUACGGUAUGAGGGGGAUAUGUGUAGAAAGCUGUGUAACUCCAUAGUUACGGUAUGAGGGGGAUAUGUGUAGAAAGCUGUGUGUAACUCCAUAGUUGCGGUAUGAGGGGGAUAUGUGUAGAAAGCUGUGUAACUCCAUAGUUACGGUAUGAGGGAGAUACACAUACAGUGCAUUUGGAAAGUAUUCAGACCCCUUGACUUUUUCCACAUUUUGUUACGUUACAGCCUUAUUCUAAAAUCGAUUCAAAAAUGUUUUCCCUCAACAAUCUACACACAAUAACCCAUAAUGAUAAAGCAAAAAGUGUUUUUUUAAAUACAUUUUUGCAAAUUUAUAAAAAAUAAAAAUACUGAAAUAUCACGUUUAUAUACGUAUUCAGACCCUUUACUCAGUACUUUGUUGAAGCAUCUUUAGCAGAGAUUACAGCCCCAAGUCUUCUUUGGUAUGACGCUACAAGCUUGGCACACCUGUAGUUGGGGAGUUUCUCCCAUUCUUCUCUGCAGAUCCUCUCAAGCUCUGUCAGGUUGGAUGGGGAGCAUUGCUGCACAGCUAUUUUAAGGUCUCUCCAGAGAUGUUCGAUCGGGUUCAAGUUCAGGCUCUGGCUGGGCCACUCAAGGACAUUCAAAGACUUGUCCCGAAGCCAGUCCUGCGUUGUCUUGGCUGUGUGCUUAGGGUCGUUGUCCUGUUGGAAGCUGAACCUUCGCCCCAGUCUGAGGUCCUGAGCACUGGAGCAGGUUUUCAUCAAGGAUCUCUCUGUACUUUGCUCCGUUCAUCUUUCCCUUGAUCCUGACUAGUCUUCCAUUCCCUGCCGCUGAAGAACAUCCCCACAGCACGAUGCUGCCACCACCAGGCUUCACCGUAGGGAUUGUGUCAUGUUACCGCCAGACGUGACGCUUGGCACUCAGGCCAAAGAGUUCAAUCUUGGUUUCAUCAGACCAGAGAAUCUUGUUUCUCAUGGUCUGAGAGUCCUUUAGGUGCCUUUUUGCUAAACUCCAAGAGGGCUGUCAUGUGCCUUUUACUGAGGAGUGGCUUCCGUCUGGCCACUCUACCAUAAAGGCCUGAUUGGUGGAGUGCUGCAGAGAUGGUUGUCCUUCUGGAAGGUUCUCCCAUCUCCACAGAGGAACUCUGGAGCUCUGUCAGUGACCAUCGGGUUCUCUAGGAAGAGUCUUGGUGGUUCCAAACUUCUUCCAUUUAAGAAUGAUUGAGGCCACUGUGUUCUUGGGGACUUUCAAUGCUGCAGACAGUUUUGGUACCCUUCCCCAGAUCUGUGCCUUGACGCAAUCCUGUCUCUGAGCUCUACGGACAACUCCUUCGACCUCAUGGCCUUUCGAAAUCAUGUCCAAUCAAUUGAAUUUACCACAGGUGGACUCCAAUCAAGGAUGAUCAAUGGAAACAGGAUGCACCUGAGCUCAAUUUCGAGUCUCAUAGCAAAGGGGCUGAAUACCUUUGGAAAUAAGGUAUUUCUGUUUUGUAUUUUUAAUACAUGUGCAAACAUUUCUAAAACCUGUUUUCACUUUGUCAUUAUGGGGUAUUGUGUGUAGAUUGAUGAGAUUUUGUAUUUAUUGAAUCCAUUUGAGAAUAAAUCUGUAACGUAACAACGUGUAGAAAAAGUAAAGUGGGCUGAAUAGUUUCUGAAUGCCCUGUAUUUGUAACACCAUAGUUAAUAGGGUGUCUAUUUACAACACCUUAGUUAUAACAAUGAAGUGGUGGCGGUGGUUUCUAUUGAAUCUGUCAGUAUACAUGUACAGUGUGUGUGUGUGUGUGUGUACUCUGUGUGUGUGUACUGUGUAAAAAUAAAUAAAUAAUAAAUAUGCCAUUUAGCAGACGCUUUUAUCCAAAGUGACUUACAGUCAUGCGUGCAUACAUUUUUGUGUAUGGGUGGUCCCGGGGAUCGAACCCACUACCUUGGCGUUACAAGCGCCGUGCUCUACCAGCUUGUACUCUGUGUGUGUGUACUCUGUGUGUGUGUGUGUACUCUGUGUAGUGCGUGCCUCAUUACUCCUGGUGUCCAUUGUAAAGGAAUACCUCUUUAUGGUGGUGUUUUAUUUCCAGAAUGGGUCAGUUGUUACCUUCUCACUCAGUCAGGAUCUGUACUUUCUUCAAUGUACUCCUGUCUUCUCUUUCACCUUGGUGUUGUUUGGAUGAAACAUCAGUGAUCUGCAUGUGUGUUUCUCUGUGAUGUGGUGAAUGUCCUGUACACUUCAGUGGGGUGGUUUGGUGAUACCUGUGUAGUUUUUGCCUGAAUGAUGAUUUGGUUGAUUUAUUUACCGGUCCACCAACAUCUUUUGUGUUUUGCUUUGUUGAAUGCCCCAUGUUCUCCCGACAUGUCAGUGUUGUUCUCAACCUCUUUCUCUCUCCCACCUUGUCUUCACCUCUCUGUUCCUCUCUCUUUCUCUCUCCCACCCUCUGUCUCCACCUCUCUCUCUUUCUCUCUCCCACCCUCUGUCUCCACCUCUCUGUUCCUCUCUCUCUUUCUCUCUCCCACCCUCUGUCUCCACCUCUCUGUUCCUCUCUCUCUUUCUCUCUCCCACCCUCUGUCUCCACCUCUCUGUUCCUCUCUUCCUCUCUCCCACCCUCUGUCUCCACCUCUCUCUCUUUCUCUCUCCCACCCUGUCUUCACCUCUCUGUUCCUCUCUCUCUUUCUCUCUCCCACCCUCUGUCUCCACCUCUCUGUUCCUCUCUCUCUUUCUCUCUCCCACCCUCUGUCUCCACCUCUCUGUUCCUUCUCUCUUUCUCUCCCUAACACCCUUGCCCUCUCCCUCCCUCUCCCCUCCUCCCCUCCACAGGGGUAACCGUGAGAGCUCCAGCCGUGCGUCCAGCAGUCGUCAGAGCAGUACCGACAGUGAUAUGAAGUGCCUGGAGCCAAGACCCUGGAGCAGCACAGACUCAGAUAGCUCAAACAGGACCCUCCGGCCACCGGUCACCAAGGCAUCCAGCUUCUCUGGCAUCUCCAUUCUGACCAGAGGAGAUAGUCUGGGCAGCAACAAGAGCUCUCAGGGAAGCUGCAGGGGCUCACGCACUGGUAUGUACCAGACAGACAGCCCAAUGGGGAUUUUAUAAUAAAAAUGCAUACUGUAGAUGGAAAUUCAAAUGUUGUGACCAUUGUACCCUGGGCAGUUAAUUCUAGUACUUCAAUCUCCCAAUGUCAAAUGGAGUGACAUUUGAAUUCAAUUGAAAUGGCAUCACACGGACCUGUUGCAACCAGGAAGUGUGUACGACCUCUAGUGGUCCUAGAGAUGCACUGACACUGGAGAACAGGAUGGACAGAAGAAAACAGAAUCCUUUUCAUACCCUUUUCUCUUUUUGAAAACAAAUCAUAGGGGAAAGAACCUGAAGAGAGUACAGACAGAGUGCAGAAAUGUUGAGGAACAAAACGUACUGUUUCUGUAUUUGACUUUGUCUUGACUCUUGCGUUGUCUUGUUGUGUUAUAGGUCUCCCUCUGGUGAGUCCAGACAUGUGUCCCCAGCCCCCAGCCCCCCAGCCUGGCCCCUGCCCUGGAGGUCGCGGUCUUCUGCCGUGCCCCUCCCAGCAGCCCCAGGUCCAGACCCAGACCGCCCUACUGCCCACCCCACAGCAACACCCCAUGGGCAACCACAACCACAUGAUGACUCAGGUGAGAGAGAAGCCCAUAUCAUGAAUCCUUUUUUAAUUUAAAUAAAUAUGGGUAUUUAAAUGCAGUUUCAGCUUAGUAAAAUGAAAAGACAUGGCUAUAUUCCUGCAUUUUUCCUAACCUAACAUCUGUCUGCAUCUCCUCCUCUCUCCCCCUACCCCUCUCCCCCUCCCGCCAUCUCCUCCUCUCUCGCUCUCCCCCUCCCGCCAUCUCCCCCUCCCGCCAUCUCCCCCUCUCCCCCUCCCGCCAUCUCUCCCUCUCUCCCUCUGUUAGCCGGUGGGGUCUCUGCAGCCCUCUCAGCCUGUGUCCUACUCCUCCUCCUGUCCCCAGGUCCUCCUGCCUGUCUCUUCCCCCCAACAGUACAUGGUACUAACAUCAUCCAUCCCUUUAUAAUGCAGUAUUUUACUGAGCCCUGUCUCUCUUCUCCCCAACAGUACAUGGUACUAACAUCAUCCAUACCUUUAUUAUUAUAUAUAUAUAUAUAUUUAAUGUUGAAGUCGGAAGUUUACAUACACCUUAGCCAAAUACAUUUAAACUCAGUUUUUCACAAUUUCUGACAUUUAAUCCUAGUAAAAAUUCCCAGUCUUAGGUCAGUUAGGAUCACCACUUUAUUUUAAGAAUGUGAAAUGUCAGAAUAAUAGUAGAGAGUGAUUUAUUUCAGCUUUUAUUUAUUUCAUCACAUUCCCAGUGGGUCAGAAGUUUACAUACACUCAAUUAGUAUUUGGUAGCAUUGCCUUUAAAUUGUCUAACUUGGGUAAAACGUUUUGGGUAGCCUUCCACAAGCUUCCCACAAUAAGUUGGGUGAAUUUUGGCCCAUUCCUCCUGACAGAGCUGAGUCAGGUUUGUAGGCCUCCUUGCUCGCACAUGCUUUUUCAGUUCUGCCCACAAAUGUUAUAUAGGAUUGAGGUCAGGGCUUUGUGAUGGCCACUCGAAUACCUUGACUUUGUUGUCCUUAAGCCAUUUUGCCACAACUUUGGAAGUAUGCUUGGAGUCAUUGUCCAUUUGGAAGACCCAUUUGCGACCAAGCUUUAACUUCCUGACUGAUGUCUUGAGAUGUUGCUUCAAUAUAUCCACAUCAUUUUCCUUCCUCAUGAUGCCAUCUAUUUUGUGAAGUGCACCAGUCCCUCCUGCAGCAAAGCACCCCCACAGCAUGAUGCUGCCACCCCCGUGCUUCACGGUUGGGAUGGUGUUCUUCGGCUUGCAAGCGUCCCCUUUUUCCUCCAAACAUAACGAUGGUCAUUAUGGCCAAACAGUUCUAUUUUUGUUUCAUUAGACCAGAGGACAUUUCUCCAAAAAGUACGAUCUUUGUCCCCAUGUGCAGUUGCAAACCGUAGUCUGGCUUUUUUUAUGGCGGUUUUGGAGCAGUGGCUUCUUCCUUGCUGAGCGGCCUUUCAGGUUAUGUCGAUAUAGGACUCGUUUUACUGUGGAUAAAGAUACUUUUGUACCUGUUACCUCCAGCAUCUUCACAAGGUCAUUUGCUGUUGUUCUGGGAUUGUUUUGCACUUUUCGCACCAAAGUACGUUCAUCUCGAGGGGACAGAAAGCGUCUCCUUCCUGAGCGGUAUGACGGCUAAGUGGUCCCAUGGUGUUUAUACUUGCGUACUAUUGUUUGUACAGAUGAACGUGGUACCUUCAGGCAUUUGGAAAUUGCUCCCAAGGAUGAACCAGACUUGUGGAGGUCUACUUUUUUUCUCUGAGGUCUUGGCUGAUUUCUUUUGAUUUUCCCAUGAUGUCAAGCAAAGAGGCACUGAGUUUGAAGGUAGGCCUUGAAAUACAUCCACAGGUACACCUCCAAUUGACUCAAAUGAUGUCAAUUAGCCUAUCAGAAGCUUCUAAAGCCAUGACAUCAUUUUCUGGAAUUGUCCAAGCUGUUUAAAGGCACAGUCAACUUAGUGUAUGUAAACUUCUGACCCACUGGAAUUGUGAUACAGUGAAUCAUAAGUGAAAAAACCUGUCUGUAAACAAUUGUUGGAAAUAUUACUUGUGUCAUGCACAAAGUAGAUGUCCUAACCGACUUGCCAAAACUAUAGUUUGUUAACAAGAAAUUUGUGGAGUGGUUGAAAAACGGGUUUUAAUGACUCCAACCUAAGUGUAUGUAAACUUCCGACUUCAACUGUAUAUGUGUAUGUAUGUGUGUGUAUGUGUAUAUAUAUAUAUAUAUAUAUAUAUAUAUAUAUAUAUAUAUAUAUUAAACAACUCUACAGUAUGGUACCAAGCCUUGCGUUUCAUAUCUUGGCUUUCUCACCCAGUCUUAUUAGUCCCUAUUGGAAUGAAGUGGCAAUAUGACAUUCACAUGACAACUCUACAUUCACACCUACUCACUUCUAUGAUUAUAUCCUUAGUACUAACAGCCUCUGGUUGUCAUUAUGCUGUGCGUAGGAUAGAAAUAUUUUGUUUUUAGGGGCAACUAUCUUCAAAUGAUAUCAUCAUAUCCAGUUUAUUGGUUACUGUGUCAAACCCACCAGUAACUGUUUGUAAUAAACACUUGUCCCUCUCAGGGUGAGGAGCUGGCUCCCCAGUUCAGCCAGAUGACUCUGAGUCGACAGGGUUCCAGCGAGGCCCCGGAACCCCCCACCAUGUACCAGACCCAGGGGCCCACUGUCCUCACCCAGCACCCCCCACCCCAGACGGGCUACAUCAUGGCCGCCACAGCCCAGCCCCUGGCCCCUCAGUCUGGCUACCAGCCUAACACUGGACACCCCCAUCCUCCUCCUCCUCCUCCACCCCCUCCCUCCCAGACGAUCAUGCAGCCCCCACCGCCGCCCCAGGGGUACAUGCAGCCGCCUCCCCCUCAACAGGUAUGAAAUUGGGUUCGCAAUCAAUCAUCAGCAGUUGUCCCAAAGUGCCUUAAACCUGGUUUGAAUCAAUACGGAGUAUAAUUUGGAAUAAAAUGUUUCCCUUAUUCAUGGUGCAAUAAUAAUGGUUAAACUUUGUCAUCAUGAGUUAGAGACUGAAGGUACAAAUACAGCCCAGCAGCCUGAAAAGCUGAAGUGGAACAUUUUGGCCUAAACUUUGUUUCACAAACUUUACCAAUAAAUGUGAGAACAUUUAGAUUGCUGUGAAAUCGCGGCAGGAAUCACACAGUCGGCGGCAAUGUGACAGUAUCUCUCUCCCACUCAGAGUACUGUGUGACUGGCUGUGAAGUCUGCUCUCUUUCACCCUAUCUUUCUCUCUCUCUCUCUCUCUCUCCUCUCGUCACACCAUCAAGCAGCCCAGUAACGAACUGCUUGAAUCCAUAAAAUAUUAAUUUAAAUUCUGGAGGAGGAAACCUCUACGGCAUUGACCCUACACCCUGGGGGGAUAGUUCCCACAAAAGUAGCUUUGGGGGGCAAGUAGGAGUUUGGCAAAUAGCUCCACUGCUGUCUCUUGCGGGCUUUGUGAGGAAGUCGCAGUGCGUUCAGCACUUUGUAAGGUAGCUAGUGGCAGUACAUUCCCAGUAGGGAGAAUAGCCAUAGCCUACAAUAGAUAGCUCUUGGCAGAGGGAGAUGUCCCUAGACUAGAGCAGUGUUGCUUUAGUGUUCCCUGUAUGUGUCAUGUCCUUCAGGACAACCACUAGCUAUAAGGAAGCAGGGCUCACAGCUUACAGACCUGUCUCUCUCUUUGAGCUAAACUCAGAUGGAGUCAUGCUCGUAGGGGGGCAAGCAAACACCCCUAGUUUAUUGUGUGUGUGUGUGUGUGUGUGUGUGUGUGUGUGUGUGUGUGUGUGUGUGUGUGUGUGUGUACAUGUAAUUGAUCACAUCUUUACUAAUGCUGCCGAAAUUUGCUUUAAAGCAGUAUCCAGAUCCAUCGGAUGUAGUGAUCACAAUAUAGUAGCCAUAUCUAGGAAAACCAAAGUUCCAAAGGCUGGGCCUAAUAAAUUGUAUAAGAGGUCAUACAAUAAGUUUUGUAGUGAUUCCUAUGUUGUUGAUUUUAAAUAAUAUGUGUUUGUCUGUGGUGUGUAAUGAGGAGCAACCAGACGCUGCACUUGACACAUUUAUGAAAUUGCUUAUCCCAGUUACUAAUCAGCAUGCACCCAUUAAGAACAUGACUGUAAAAAACUGUGAAAUCCCCGUGGAUUGAUGAGGAAUUGAAAAAUUGUAUGGUUGAGAGGGAUGAGGCAAAAGGAAUGGCUAAUAAGUCUGGCUGCACAACCGAUUGGCAAACAUACUGCAAAUUGAGAAAUCAUAUGACUGAACUGAAUAAAAAGAAGAAGAAACUACACUAUGAAACAAAGAUAAAUGACAUCAAUUUUUGGCAAAAAGGCAAACUCAGCUCCAUCAUUCAUUGAAUCAGAUGACUCAUUCAUCACAAAACCCACUGAUAUUGCCAACUACUUUAAUGAUUUUUUUUCAUUGGCAAGAUUAGUAAACGUAGGCAUGACAUGCCAGCAACAAACGCUGACACUACACAUCCCAGUAUAUCUGACCAAAUUAUGAAAGACAAGCGUUGUAAUUUUGAAUUCCUUGAAGUGAGUGUGGAAGAUGUGAAAAAGUAUUGUUGUCUGUCAACAAUGACCUGGGUCUGACAACUUGGAUGGAAAAUUACUGAGGAUAAUAGCAGACGAUAUUGCCACUCCUAUUUGCCUUAUCUUCAAUUUAAGCCUACUAGAAUGUGUGUGCCCUCAGGCCUGGAGGGAAGCAAAAGUCAUUCCACUACCUAGGAAUAGUAAAGCCCCCUUUACUGGCUCAAAUAGCUGACCAAUCAGCCUGUUACCAACCCGUAGUAAACUUUUGGGAAAAAAUGGUGUUUGACCAGAUACAAUGCUGUUUUACAGUAAACAAAUUGACAAGACUUUCAGCACGCUUAUAGGGAAGGACAUUCAACAAGCACAGCACUUACACAAAUGACUGAUGAUUGGCUGAGAGAAAUUGAGGAUAAAAAGAUUGUGGUGGCUAUUUUGUUAGACUGCAGUGCAACUUUUGACAUUAUCGAUCAUAGUCUGCUGCUGGAAAAACGUAUGUGUUAUGGCUUUACACCCCCUGCUAUAUUGUGGAUAAAGAUUGACCUGUCUAACAGAACACAGAGGGUGUUCUGUAAUGGAAGCCUGUCUAGGCACCUUACCUUUUUCAAUCUUUACUAACGACAGGCUCUGAGUAAAGCCAGUGUGUCUAUGUAUGCGGAUGACUCAACACUAUACACGUCAGCUACCACAGCGACUGAAAUGACAGCAACACUUAACAAAGCGCUGCAGUUAGUUUCAGAAUGGGUGGCAAGGAAUAAGUUAGUCCUAAAUAUUUCAAAAACUAAAAGCAUUGUAUUUGGGACAAAUCAUUCACUAACCCUCAACUAAAUAUUGUAAUAAAUAAUGUGGAAAUUGAGCAAGUUGAGGUGACUAAACUGCUUGGAGUAACCCUGGAUUGUAAACUGUCAUCGUUAAAACAUAUUGAUACAACAGUAGCUAAAAUGGGGAGAAGUCUGUCCAUAAUAAAGCGCUUCUCUGCCUUUUUAACAGCACUAUCAACAAGGCAGGUCCUACAGGCCCUAGUUUUGUCGCACCUGGACUACUGUUCAGUCGUGUGGUCAGGUGUCACAAAGAGGGACUUAGGAAAAGUGCAAUUGGCUCAGAACAGGGCAGCACGGCUGGCCCUUGGAUGUACACAGAGAGCUAACAUUAAUAAUAUGCAUGUCAAUCUCUCCUGGCUCAAAGAGAGAUUGACUUCAUCACUACUUGUAUUUGUGAGAGUUAUUGACAUGUUGAAUGCACCGUACUGUCUGUUUGAACUACUGGCACACAGCUCAGACACCCAUGCAUACCCCACAAGACAUGCCACCAGAGGUUUCUUCACAGUCCCCAAGUCCAGAACAGACUAUGGGAGGCGCACAGUACUACAUAGAGCCAUGACUUCAUGGAACUCUAUUCCACAUCAAGUAACUCAUGCAAGCAGUAUAGUUAGAUUUAAAAAACAGAUAAAAAUACACCUUAUGGAACAGCGGGGACUGUGAAGCAACACAAACAUAGGCACAGACACAUGCAUACACACACAUGAUAACAUACGCACUAUACACACACGCACACAUUUUGUGUUGUAGAUAUGUGGUAGUGGAGUAGGGGCCUGAGGGCACACACUUAAUGUGUUGUGAAAUCUGUUAUGAAUGUAUUACUGCCUUAAUUUUGCUGGUCCCCAGGAAGAGUAGCAGCUGCCUUGGCAGGAACUAAUGGGGAUCCAUAAUAAAUACGAAUACUACCUUUGAACCUCCAUCAACCUCUAAGAGUUGAUUUCUAGUUAAUGCCAUUAUUAAUGCACCUUGGUUGGAUGGUUUCUUAUUGUACUACCUAUGAACUGACUGUAUUUCUCCUUCCCUCUACUCCUCCUCCUCCAGAUAUCUUAUUACCCACCUGGGCAGCAGUACCCCAGCACAGGGCAGCAGUACCCCAGCACAGGGCAGCAGUACCCCAGCACAGGGCAGCAGUACCCCAGCACAGGGCAGCAGUACCCCAGCACAGGGCAGCAGUACCGGCCUGGACCCAUGGCUCACCAGGUGGCCUACCCUGCCCAGCAGUCCCAGCCCAUGCCCCAGCCCGUGCCCCAGCCCGUGCCCCAGCCCACACAGCAGUCUGGUCAGUACCUCUACAAUACCAUCUUUCUCAAUGAAAGAUUAGUCUGUCUAUAAAAUGUGCAGUUUUGUCACACAACACAAUGCCACAGAUGUCUCAAGUUUUGAGGGAGUGUGCAAUUGGCAUGCUGACUGCAGGAAUGUCCACCAGAGCUGUUGCCAGAUAAUUUAAUGUUCAUUUCUCUACCAUAAGCCGCCUCCAACGUCGUUUUAGAGAAUUUGGCAGUACAUCCAACCGGCCAACCGAGAAAUGCUCACAAACAGGGAUUUAAACCAAUUUGUACACAUAAUUUGAGAGAAAUAAGCUUUUUGUGCCUAUCGAAAAUGUCUGGUAUAUUUUAUUUCAGCUCAUGAAACAUGGGACCAACACUUUACAUGUUGCCUUUAUAUUUUGGGUCAGUGUAAUUACAUCUGACCACGUCCUUGUUCACAUAACACCAAUUUCCAUGAAACCUCUGAAAUCUACUUGGAUGGGGGUACAUAAUACACUCCCUGCGUCUCGUAACGGUCCGUUCAGCCCUUUUCGAGAACCAAAAAAAAAAAAAGAAUUUGACAUGCUAAUGACCAAGGCCAACUAAAUUUCUACAUUACAGAUUCAAAUGAGGCUACACUCACAGUUGCGUGAGAAUCUGACUUACAUCUGUAGUGUGUUGGUGAAAAGUAAGCAGGACCGGUGAAAGCCAGGAUUCCUGUACACUGUGCAUUUUUCACUGUGUAUAUUUGCUGAGUGAACAUUCAUCAACAGUGUGUUGCGUUUCGAGUACAGAGACCUUCAAGCCAUAGAUGACCAAAGUGCUGAUUACCUGAUUUGGCAACAUUGCAUACACUGUGUACAGUAGCAGUUCACCCACCCAGUCAACAUGACCCUUGCUGUAUCAACAGAAACAACGCCAACAAGGCACUAAAAUAACAAGGAUCAAGGUUAGCUAAAUAAUGGUUGCCAGGAAUAAAUUGCUAUUUUAGUCACCACAUUGUAUAGUUGGCGAGAGCAGUACUGAUGCAAUGAGUCCUGAAAAGUUACCAUGAUUAUACACGUACGACCCUGAGCAUUCAGACGGCAACAAGCCUACCCCCAGCCGGACGGUCAUGUUCACCUUUCUCAGCCUCACCCCCAGAUAGGCCCAUGUUCUUCCAUGGCUUUAGGUCUACAUCCCUUUCUUUCUAGACGUCAUGUUCAUGUUAACACAGGCUAUGUUGACAUUCCGUUGUUUCUAUUGAUACGUCCCUACAUGCAUCAUUUAAAUAUGUAGCUUAGUGUUUAUAGUGUGGUCUGUAGUUUUUAGCUUACAGUUCAUAGUGUUCAUACUGUAUGUGGAUUUGUGUACAUUCUGCGUCUAUAUAUCCUGUUUAUCAUCUGUCUGUAUAUCCUGGUUAUUAUCUGUCUGUAUAUCCUGGUUAUCGUCUGUAUAUCCUGGUUAUCAUCUGUCUGUAUAUCCUGGUUAUCGUCUGUAUAUCCUGGUUAUCAUCUGUCUGUAUAUCCUGGUUAUCGUCUGUAUAUCCUGGUUAUUAUCUGUCUGUAUAUCCUGUUUAUCGUCUGUGUAUAUCCUGGUUAUUAUCUGUCUGUAUAUCCUGGUUAUCAUCUGUCUGUAUAUCCUGGUUAUCAUCUGUCUGUAUAUCCUGGUUAUCACCUGUCUGUAUAUCCUGGUUAUCAUCUGUGUAUAUCCUGGUUAUCGUCUGUCUGUAUAUCCUGGUUAUCGUCUGUCUGUAUAUCCUGGUUAUCGUCUGUCUGUAUAUCCUGGUUAUCUUCUGUCUGUAUAUCCUGGUUAUCGUAUGUCUGUAUAUCCUGGUUAUCGUCUGUCUGUAUAUCCUGGUUUUCGUCUGUCUGUAUAUCCUGGUUAUCGUCUGUCUGUAUAUCCUGGUUAACAUCUGUCUGUAUAUCCUGGUUAUCAUCUGUCUGUAUAUCCUGGUUAUCAUCUGUCUGUAUAUCCUGGUUAUCAUCUGUCUGUAUAUCCUGGUUAUCGCCUGUCUGUAUAUCCUGGUUAUCGUCUGUCUGUAUAUCCUGGUUAUCGUCUGUCUGUAUAUCCUGGUUAUCGUCUGUCUGUAUAUCCUGGUUAUCGUCUGUCUGUAUAUCCUGGUUAUCGUCUGUCUCUAUAUCCUGGUUAUCGUCUGUCUGUAUAUCCUGGUUAUCGUCUGUCUGUAUAUCCUGGUUAUCAUCUGUCUGUAUAUCCUGGUUAUCAUCUGUCUGUAUAUCCUGGUUAUCGUCUGUCUGUAUAUCCUGGUUAUCAUCUGUCUGUAUAUCCUGGUUAUCGUCUGUCUGUAUAUCCAGGUUAUCGUCUGUCUGUAUAUCCUGGUUAUCGUCUGUCUGUAUAUCCUGGUUAUCUUCUGUCUGUAUAUCCUGGUUAUCGUCUGUCUGUAUAUCCUGGUUAUCUUCUGUCUGUAUAUCCUGGUUAUCUUCUGUCUGUAUAUCCUGGUUAUCGUCUGUCUGUAUAUCCUGGUUUUCGUCUGUCUGUAUAUCCUGGUUAUCGUCUGUCUGUAUAUCCUGGUUAACAUCUGUCUGUAUAUCCUGGUUAUCAUCUGUCUGUAUAUCCUGGUUAUCAUCUGUCUGUAUAUCCUGGUUAUCGUCUGUCUGUAUAUCCUGGUUAUCGUCUGUCUGUAUAUCCUGGUUAUCGUCUGUCUGUAUAUCCUGGUUAUCGUCUGUCUGUAUAUCCUGGUUAUCGUCUGUCUGUAUAUCCUGGUUAUCGUCUGUCUGUAUAUCCUGGUUAUCGUCUGUCUGUAUAUCCUGGUUAUCAUCUGUCUCUAUAUCCUGGUUAUCAUCUGUCUGUAUAUCCUGGUUAUCGUCUGUCUGUAUAUCCUGGUUAUCAUCUGUCUGUAUAUCCUGGUUAUCAUCUGUCUGUAUAUCCUGUUUAUUGUGGCAGCUCCAUUUCACUGAGUCAAAUUCCUGUACUUGUAUUUGGCGUGUAAGGGUGAUUCUGACAUGUGCCGUGGUCGUCACCAGUAGGUCCAGGGUUGAUAGGAGUGCAGCAUACCCAGAAUACACACACACAGAUACACACACACACACACACACACACACACAGAUACACACACACACACACACACACUUGUGUUAACAUGACCAUGUCCUCCAUGACCAGCAGGUCUCCAGACCAUGAUGCCCAACCAGCAGCCCCAGUACCAGGGGAUGAUAGGAGUACCCCAGCAGCCCCAGAACCAGGCUCUCCUCACCUCCCAGAGGCAGGGACAGAUGACGACCAUGAUGGUCCAGUACCCACAGUUGCCCUCAUAUCAGGUACAGUAAAGGUUGUAUGUGUGUUAAUGUGAUUUGUUAUAUCUUCUAUGCAUUUCAGAGUUCCUCAAUGCUCAGUUCUUGGACCCACAACUGUUCUUAUGUAAAAGUAACUAGUGGGAUGUAACUGGUGAGAUCUGAACCCGGGUCUUUUGCUCGGGAAACCAGCAGUUAGACCAAGAGGAUAUUGUGGCAAUUCACCUUGGCUACAUGUUUAAUGUGUCUUGUCUCCUAGCAGGUCCCUGUGGCCAGUGACCCUCAACAGGUGAUCCAGCACCAGCAGCAGUACCAACAGCAGGUCAUGGUGCCAGUCAGCCAGUCUCUGCAGACUGUCCAGGGACCCAUGCCUGUAUACUACAGCGUCAUCACCCCCACACAACAGAACAGCACAAGGUAGAUGCAUAAAAUAUGACUUUUAUAUAGCGUGCUUUGAACAGGUGCUGGAAAUUGUAUGGGGAGAACUCCACUACUCCCAACAUAUUGCACACCUGGGGGAUGCCACCGCAGACAUGUUGAGCUAGAACCCAGAUACCUUGUUCUAAACAAGUAUAAGUGACAAUCUCACUUCUAGAAUAACAAAAAUAAAGUAUGCUUAAAAAGCAAGCAUUACAGUUGAAGUUGUUUAACACUAUCUGUAACAAGACGUGUUCUACUGGUGUCUCUAUCUGUAACAAGACCAAGACGUGUUCUACUGGUGUCUCUAUCUGUAACAAGACGUGUUCUACUGGUGUCUCUAUCUGUAACAAGACCAAGACGUGUUCUACUGGUGUCUCUAUCUGUAACAAGACCAAGACGUGUUCUACUGGUGUCUCUAUCUGUAACAAGACGUGUUCUACUGGUGUCUCUAUCUGUAACAAGACGUGUUCUACUGGUGUCUCUAUCUGUAACAAGACGUGUUCUACUGGUGUCUCUAUCUGUAACAAGACGUGUUCUACUAGUGUCUCUAUCUGUAACAAGACGUAUUCUACUGGUGUCUCUCUGUAACAAGACGUGUUCUACUGGUGUCUCUAUCUGUAACAAGACGUGUUCUACUGGUGUCUCUAUCUGUAACAAGACGUGUUCUACUGGUGUCUCUGUCUGUAACAAGACGUGUUCUACUGGUGUCUCUAUCUGUAACAAGACCAAGACGUGUUCUACUGGUGUCUCUAUCUGUAACAAGACGUGUUCUACUGGUGUCUCUAUCUGUAACAAGACCAAGACGUGUUCUACUGGUGUCUCUAUCUGUAACAAGACCAAGACGUGUUCUACUGGUGUCUCUAUCUGUAACAAGACGUGUUCUACUGGUGUCUCUAUCUGUAACAAGACCAAGACGUGUUCUACUGGUGUCUCUAUCGGUAACAAGACGUGUUCUACUGGUGUCUCUAUCUGUAACAAGACCAAGACGUGUUCUACUGGUGUCUCUAUCUGUAACAAGACCAAGACGUGUUCUACUGGUGUCUCUAUCUGUAACAAGACAUGUUCUACUGGUGUCUCUAUCUGUAACAAGACGUGUUCUACUGGUGUCUCUAUCUGUAACAAGACCAAGACGUGUUCUACUGGUGUCUCUAUCGGUAACAAGUUCUCCUGCUAACUGCUUGGCUAAGCACUAAUUGUAAGACUCUGGGAAACUGAGCUGUAAAUGAAAUUAAAAACGAUUGAAUAGGAUAGAAACUCACAUGACUGGGAUCAAUAAGCAACCUAUUUAACACUCCUUUGACACCCACACACACACACACUGCUUUCACAUUCCUUCAAUCAAUUUUAUUUUAUAUAGCCCUUCUUACAUCAGCUAAUAUCUCGAAGUGCUGUACAGAAACCCAGCCUAAAACCCCAAACAGCUAGUAAUGCAGGUGUAGAAGCACGGUGGCUAGGAAAAACUCCCUAGAAAGGCGAAAACCUAGGAAGAAACCUAGAGAGGAACCAGGCUAUGAGGGGUGGCCAGUCCUCUUCUGGCUGUGCCGGGUGGAGAUUAUAACAGAACCAUGCCAAGAUGUUCAAAAAUGUUCAUAAGUGACAAGCAUGGUCAAAUAAUAAUCAGGAAUAAAUCUCAGUUGGCUUUUCAUAGCCGAUCAUUAAGAGUUGAAAACAGCAGGUCUGGGACAGGUAGGGGUUCCAUAACCGCAGGCAGAACAGUUGAAACUGGAAUAGCAGCAAGGCCAGGCGGACUGGGGACAGCAAGGAGUCACCACGGCCGGUAGUCCCGACGUAUGGUCCUAGGGCUCAGGUCUCUCAGUUGGCUUUUCAUAGCCGAUCAUUAAAGAGUUGAAAACAGCAGGUCUGGGACAGGUAGGGGUUUCUACACAAAAUAUUUGCAUUGUAAUUUAAGCCUAGCAGCUUGUUGACGUGAUACGCCUACCGUCUGUGGAUGUGGAUGACUGCCAAGUGCUUAGUGUUUGUGUCUCUGAGUGUUUCUCUGUGGGUUUGUGUGUGUUUCUCUCCCAGUCCGUCCGUGGGGUACCUGCAGCCCAGCUCAGAGCAGUACCAGAUGAGCCCGUCUACUUCUCCCUGCAACCCUCCGCAGAUGCAGCAGCAAUAUUCAGGUGAGAGUUCAUCUGGUCUGCGAUGAACCAGAAAGACCACACAGGUUUUCUGACUUUGUUGAAUACACCAAUCAGGUGAGAGUUAAUCUGGUUCUGAGCUCUUAACUUUAUUGAUGAGGUUUCAUCAACAAAGUUGGCCCUGUGUUGUAGCCCUUACGAUGAAGGGGUCAUUUUAAAGUGUAACCUUUGCCCUACAAUGCUUUAACUGUGUGUGUCUGUGUGUGUGGUGCUACAGGAGUGCCUCCCCCAGGUCCCGGGGUGAUGGUCAUGCAGCUUAGCAUCCCCAACGGACCCCAGCCUACCCAGAACCCUCCUCUGGUACAGUGGAACCCCUGCAAGUACUACCGCCUAGAGCAGAGACCCAGCAAGCCUGGAGAUCUCUACAAACCUGACAAUGCACAACAGGUAAUAUAUACAGCACUACUAUAAUACUACUAUACAGUACUACAACAGAUACUAUAUACAGCACUACUAUAAUACUACCAUACAGUACUACAACAGAUACUAUAUACAGCACUACUAUAAUACUACCAUACAGUACUACAACAGAUACUGUAUACAGCAUUACUGUACUUCCUGUAUACUCUAUACCACUCCCUCACAUACAGUAUCCAGUGGACUACUCCUAUGGAGGAUAGCGUAGGAUUCUCCUAUGCUGACAUUACAUUUUAAAUGAAAAAAGGCUAAAUUGUGAUAUUUGUUUACUAUCUGUAUUGUGAACUACAGUACAUCUCAUCCUCUCUUUCCCCUAUCCAUCUCCUCCCCUCUCUCUCUCUCUCCCUCCCUCCUCUCUCCCCCCCCCCCCCCCCCCCCCCCUCCCCACUCCAGACCAGUAUACAGAUGCAGGGCAGUCCCCUGGCCUCCCCCACCCAGUCUCCCACCCCCUCCCCAUCAGGCAGUGUGAGCAGUGUCUGUCCAGGCCUCGGCCCUCUGCCCCUACUGUCACAGUUCGCCCGGCCCGGACCAGGGCCCGCACAAGGUAACAACACACGGAGACAGACAGACAAGAUGCACACCGUAACACUUACCAUACAUACACCGCAUGCAUCGCAGUGCUGAGGGUGACGCACAAUCUGCCCAACGCCGUCCUGGGGGGCUUUCCUUGGCUCGCCACGCUCAAGCGACUCCUUGUGGCGUGCCAGGCGCCUGCAAGCUGACUUUGGUCAUCAGUCGAACAGUGUUUCCUGGGCUUCCGGGUUAAGCGAGCAGUGUGUUAAGAAGCAGUGUGGCUUCGGCGGGUCAUGUUUCGCAGGACGCAUGUCUCGACCUUCGCCUCUCCCAAGCCCAUUGGGGAGUUGCAGCAAUAAGACAAGAUCGUAACUACCAAUUGGAUAUCACGAAAUAAGGGGAGAAGAUAUAUAUUUAUUAAAGACACACACAGCAGACGUAACACCAGUCCUGCUGAUCUACUGCACCGGUUUGACAUGUCAGGACUAAAAUAUGUGCACAUGCCACCACACUGACACACUGACCAAAUUUCACUGUGAGCCUGUAGCUUUCACAUUCACAAAUACACAGGCACACACACACACACACACACACACACACACACACACACACACACACACACACACACACACACACACACACACACAGGCACACACACACACACACACACACACACACACGCACACACAGGCACACACACACACACACACACACACACAGGCACACACACAGGCACACACACACACAGGCACACACACACACACACACAGGCACACACACACACACACACACACACAGGCACACACACCGAUUUGACUACGGUGAGCCUCUAUUAUUCCAGCUAUGGUCAUGUGAUAUGAAUCCUGGCCUACCCCUGGUUCUUGCUCUUUCAUUUUACAUUUACAUUUUAGUCAUUUAGCAGACGCUCUUAUCCAGAGCCACUUACAGUUAGUGAGUGCAUACAUUUUUCAUACUGGCCCCCCCGUGGGAAUCGAACCCACAACCCUGGCGUUGCACGCGCCACGCUCUACCAACUGAGCUACAGGAGGCCCAACUUCCACAGUGACUCUUCACCCAGUAACCCCUUCACCCAGUAACCCCUUCACCCAGUAACCCCUUCACACAGUAACCCCUUCACCCAGUAACCCCUUCAUGAUCUGUCCGUGUUGUCUUUGGCCAGCCACCAGCAGGCCCUGAGAACCUGAACUUACUCACCUUACCCACAUGGCUGAUCAGGCCCGCACACGCACACACACACACACACACACACACACAGGUCACGCCUGCUUGCCUACACUAACCGGCCCUUUCACCUACACAUCUAUCCUCACACACCUGACUAGGGUUGCAGAGGGAGGGAGGGUAUAUUACUGGAAACCUUUUAACUUCACACAUUUUUGUAGCUUUCAAGUUUUUUGGGGGGAAUUUUAUGAGAUGAUACGACAUCUAGUGGACUUUUUGGGUACUUCAGAUUAUCACAGGUGUCUGUAAUUAUCUCUGGCCCUCUGUGUCGCCUUAUCGCAUGUAAAAUACUGUGUAUAUACACAAUAAUGAAAUAAGAAGGGCUACUUACACAGUGUUGGGAAGGGAUCACAGCAGUGAUUUGAAUGAGGGUAUGAGGCAUGAGUUGAGGUGUUCAGAGGCUUGACUUCAUUGCAGGACAGGGGUUGAGGUGUUCAGAGGCUUCAGUGCAGGACAGGCUCAUCGUGGAUGGUGUUGGAGAGCAGCUCAACUCCUUCACUGAGGACAGCACAGGAUCUGACUGAGAAGACAAAAAGAAUAUCAAAACACUGUUAGUCCAAGCAAGGAUUGUUGAUGAAUGUGAUUGACUCUGUGUACAGUAAUGAGAGAAAAUGUACAGGGCUACCCACAAUGCUUGGAGAGGAAAGAUUCAAUGCGCCAGUGGAUGAGAGGGCACAUUAGACAUGGCUUCAGUUCAUUUCAGGAGCGCGUUGACACUGGUAGUGGAGCAGAGUGUUAAUCCCCUCUUCAUCAGGGAACAGGAAGGGACUUAGCGCUAAAUACAAAUAGCAGAUACAUUCCAUUCCAUCGAUAGCCUAGGCCUUGGUGUGUGGAGAAACACAUAUUGUACAAUAUGAGGAGGAAAUUAUAGUCCUAAAAAAGCUUUCCAGUUUCACUGACUCACCCAAAGAUGCGCAGCUCACUCGCCGGAGAUGGCCGAUGCGCUCAUGCCAAAUGCCUAUCUGUAGCCUACAGUCAGAUUAGUAUUUUCUUUUCAGCAGGAGCAAAAAGAUUUGAUUGGUCGGAAGACUUCCUCCGGAAGUCGUCAUAAUUACCAUGUACAGUGCAUUUGGAAAGUAUUCAGACCCCUUGACUUUUUCCACAUUUUGUUACGUUACAGCCUUAUUCUAAAAUGGAUGAAAUAGUUUUUUUCUCCUCAUCAAUCUACACACAAUACCCCAUAAUGACAAAACAAAAACAGGUUUAAAAAAAAAAAAAAAAAAAAAAAAAACUGAAAUUACAUCUCUGCAGAUCCUCUCAAGCUCUGUCAGGUUGGAUGGGGAGCGUCGCUGCACAUCUAUUGUCAGGUCUCUCCAGAGAGGUUAGAUCGGGCUCAAGUCCGGGCUCUGGCUGGGCCACUCAAGGACAUUCAGAGACUUGUCCCGAAGCCACUCCUGCGUUGUCUUGGCUGUGUGCAUAGGGGUCGUUGUCCUGUUGGAAUGUGAAUCUUCGCCCCGGUCUAAGGUCCUGAGCGCUCUGGAGCAGGUUUUCAUCAAGGUUCUCUCUGUACUUUGCUCCAUUCAUCUUUCCUUCGAUCCUGACUAGUCUCCCAGUCCCUGCCGCUGAAAAACAUCCCCACAGCAUGAUGCUGCCACCAGCAUGCUUCACCAUAUGGAUGGGUGCCAGGUUUCCUCCAGACGUGACACUUGGCAUUCAGGCCAAAGAGUUCAAUCUUGGUUUCAUCAGACCAGAGAAUCUUGUCUCUCAUGGUCUGAGAGUCCUUUACGUACCUUUUGGCAAACUCCAAGCGGGCUGUCAUGUGCCUUUUACUGAGGAGUGGCUUCCGUCUGGCCACUCUAUAAUAAAGGCCUGAUUGGUGGAGUGCUGCAGAGAUGGCCAGAGUGACCAUGGGGUUCUUGGUCACCUCCCUGACCAAGGCCCUUCUCCCCCGAUUGCUCAGUUUGGCCGGGCGGCCAGCUCUAGGAAGAGUCUUGGUGGUUCCAAACUUCUUCCAUUUAAGAAUGAUGGAGGCCACUGUGUUCUUGGGGACCUUCAAUGCUGCAGAAAUGUUUUGGUACCCUUCCCCAGAUCUGUGCCACGACACAAUCCUGUCUCGGAGCUCUACGGACAAUUCCUUCGACCUCAUGACUUUUUGCUCUGACAUGCACUGUCAACUGUGGGACCUUAUCUAGACAGGUGUGUGCCUUUCCAAAUCAUGUCCAAUCAAUUGAAUUUACCACAGGUGGAUUCCAAUCAAGUUGUAGAAACAUCUCAAGGAUGAUCAAUGGAAACAUGAUGCAUCUGAGCUCAAUUUCGAGUCUCAUAGCAAAGGGUGUGAAUACUUUUUUAAAUCUUUUUUUUUUACAAAAAAACCUGUUUUUGCUUUGUCAUUAUGGGGUAUUGUGUGUAGAUUGAUGACACAUGUAUUUUAUUUAAUCAAUUUUAGAAUAAGGCUGUAACGUAACAAAAUGUGGAAAUAGGGAAGGGGUCUGAAUACUUUUCGAAUGCACUGUAGGUCUAUGGAAGGGUGUGAGAACCAUGAGCCUCCUAGGUUUUGAAUUGAUGUCAAUGUAGCUAGAGGAGUACAGGGCGGAAUAUAGCUGUCCUCCGGCUGCACCAUGGUGCUGCCCUACAGAGGGCUGUUGAGGCUACUGUAGACCUUCAUUGCAAAACAGUGUGUUUUAAUCAGGUAUUUGGUGACGUGAAUAUAUUUAGUAUAGUUAUAUAAAAAUGAUAAUUGUUUUGUAUUAUUCACUGAGUAGGAUGGUCCUCCCCUUCCUGUUCUUAGGAGCCACCACUGACACACACAGGUUUUACUACGGUUUGCCUCUGUUAUUCCUGGCAUUGCGAUAUGAGUCUUCCAAAGUGUCCCUUCACCCAGUAACCCCUUCACACAGUAACCCCUUCACCCAGUAACCCCUUCACACAGUAACCCCUUCACACAGUAACCCCUUCAUGAUCUGUCCGUGUUGUCUUUGGCCAGCCACCAGCAGGCCCUGAGAACCUAACCCUACUCACCUUACCCACAUGGCUGAUCAGGCCCGCACACGCACACACACACACACACACACACACACACACUGUCACGCCACCUCGCCUAGCUUGCCCUUUCACCUACACAUCUAUCCUCACACACUGCCUCAGCUCACCGUUUACACUCUGCACACACACACACAGUUAUCCUGUCCUUUCACCUACACAUCUGUCCUCACACACAGCCUCAGCUAACCCUUUAAACCCACAUUCACCUUUUUGAUUCUGGCUCACACAUAUUUCUAUGAUAUUUCAGUUUGUGUCCUGUCCCGUGUGUGUGCAGGUGACGGGUGCUACUCUCUGUUGGGCCAGCCUCUCCAUUAUAGCCUCUGUCCCUCUCCUCUCAUCCACAGCCAGACAAAUUACAGUUCACAUCAGGUACUAUCUCUCUCUCCCUCCCUCCCCUCCCUCCCUCCCUCCCCUCCCUCCCUCUCUCCAUCCCUUCUCACCCUCCUUGAAGCUCACUACAGCUACCCUCCCUCCCUCCUUCCCUCCCUCCCACCUCUCUGUUCUGGCCCUCCCAUCCCCCUCCCUCCCUCCCCUCCUCCCUCCACCUCUCCCUCCCUCCCUCCCUCCCUCCCUCCCUCCCUCCCUCCCACCUCUCUGUUCCGGCCCUCCCCUCCCUCCCUCCCUCCCUCCUCCCUCCCUCCCCUCCCACCUCUCUGUUCCGGCCCUCCCCGCCCCUUCAAGUGUAGCAUGUCUACUAGCCUAUAACCUGCUUGACCCUGGUUGCUGUUGGUGCGUUUCAGAGCCAAGUGGGAAUGAAGCAUGGGGCGAGAGGGAAGAGGCCGACAAUGAAGUCUCAAUCUACAGACCUGGGCACCACUGACGUAGGUAAGACAACAGAUAGACUUCUCCUUUACGGUGCAUAUGCUGAUAUAUAACACUAUCUUAUACUUCCAUCCAGAUGACCUCAAGGUUUGGGCCUCUCUCCGAUUCAGUACACUUGACUUGCGUCCCACACACACACACACAAAUGCUUGAUUUUUAUUUUACCAGGCAGGUCAAUUAAUAAUACAUUUUUAUUUACGAUGACUGACUGGAUUCAUACAGUUAUUGUAUGGAAGUUGUAUUAGCGUCUGUCUGACCUCUCUCUUCCCUGUCUCCAGUGGUGAGUCGGGUGCUGGAGGUGACAGACCUCCCAGAGGGCAUCAGUCGCCCUGAGGCUGAGAAGCUCUUCAACCAGCUGUCAAUGUGCGGUGCGAAGAUCCAGUGGCUCAAGGACCCGGUGGCGGGGGGCCGUGGAGGCUACGGUGGCCCAGGAGGGCAUCACGGUCCUGGGAUGGGGUCUGGAGGGGGGAAGGGGAAGGAUGACCCGGCUCACCUCUACACGGUGGUGGCUGUGUUCCCUUCCACCAUGGCUGCACAGAGUGCUUCCUUCAAACUCAACAACAGUGGGGCCAGCCUCUUCAAACUGAGGGCCGCCAAAAAGAACUAUGACCUAAGAGUCCUGGAGAGGGCCAGCUCCCAGUGAAGAGAAAGAGAGGGGGGGCGAAAGAGAAGAGACUUCUGAAAAGGAGGAGUGGAAAGGAGUUGGACUGAGGGGACUGACCAGUUUUUGGGACAGACAGGGGAAGGUGGGACAAGACUUCACACGUUAAGUGGAACAGGUGAACACACAACACAAACGGAGAGGAUGGUGUUUGCAAAAUAUGAAAUUUAUUUUUUCAUUUUCAAUUGUUUUGUUUUAUAUUAUUGAUACCUGAAGAGCACAUAAGAUACGUGAGCAUGUGGAUCACUGUUGCUGUGUAUUUGUGCUUACACACACGUCCGUGCACGAACAGGCAACAGGGUCACUUAGCACACCUGAACACACUGAACAGUCAACCUCAGUCCAUCCUUCCCCUCCGCCCGCUGCUCUCCUCCAGCCUUCCUCCUCUUCUGUCUAUACUCUCUCUCUCUCCCUCUCUCUCUCUCGCUCUCUCUCUCUCUCCUGUCUCUCUCUCUCUCUCUCUCUCUAUCUCUCUAUCUCUCUCUUUCUUCUUUCUUCUUUCUCUCUUACCCCAUCUCUUACUAUUUAGCCAAUUGUCUCAUACUCUGUCAUACUCUCGCUCUCUCUGCACAUUCUCUCACUGCUCUCUCCUCUUGCUUUAUGUUGGCCUUAUACUGCUGUUGUGGGUUUCUGUAUAGCGCUGUUUUUCUCAGAAGAGUAUUGUUCUUUUUUGGUUCUAUAUAUCUUUAUAUAAGUGAUGUAAGGAAUUAAAUAAAUUAUAUAUUCAGUAACCUUUUCAGUGGAUAAGUUUACCCCGUUCUACCCUACCUCACCAGCCCAACAUACCCCCUUCUCCCCUACCUCACCAGCCCAACAUACCCCCUUCUCCCCUACCUCACCAGCCCAACUUACCCCCUUCUCCCCUACCUCACCAGCCCAACAUACCCCCUUCUCUCCUACCUCACCAGCCCAACAUACCCCCUUCUCCCCGACCUCACCAGCCCAACUUACCCCCUUCUCCCCGACCUCACCAGCCCAACUUACCCCCUUCUCUCCUACCUCACCAGCCCAACUUACCCCCUUCUCCCCUACCUCACCAGCCCAACAUACCCCCUUCUCCCCUACCUCACCAGCCCAACUUACCCCCUUCUCCCCUACCUCACCAGCCCAACAUACCCCCGUCUCUCCUACCUCACCAGCCCAACAUACCCCCUUCUCCCCUACCUCACCAGCCCAACUUCUCCCCGACCUCACCAGCCCAACUUACCCCCUUCUCCCCGACCUCACCAGCCCAACUUACCCCCUUCUCCCCCACCCCAACUUACUCAACUUACCGCAUUUUCUCCUACCCCGCUAUGCCAAUUUACACCAAUCUCCCCUACGCCACCACCCCAACUAAUCCUGUCCUAGCCCACCCUUGCCACCCCACCUUACCCUGUUCUCCCAGUGCCAUGCGAUCCCACUCUCCCCAUAUUGUACUUCUGUUUUUCGGUGACAGCUGUGCAGAACGUACCAGAAUAAGUAGUUAAAAAGUGCACAAUGAUUGCAUAAUGUCUACUGUAAAUUUGAUUUAAUC